GCGCUUGACUUCUCCUCCGCCGGUUCGUGGGUGCCGCAAGCUAAACUGCUCUCGCCUUGAACGUCUUUUGGCAGAUAAAAUUCUCACCAUGAAGGCCCCUGCUGUGCUUGCACCUGGCAUUCUUGUGCUUCUGUUUACCUUCGUGCAGAAGAGCAAUGGGGAGUGUAAAGAGGCACUAGUAAAGUCCAGGAUGAAUGUGAACAUGCAAUAUCAGCUUCCUAACUUCACUGCAGAAACAUCCAUCCGGAAUGUUGUUUUGCACAAACAUCACAUUUACCUCGGUGCCAUUAACUACAUUUACGUUUUAAAUGACAAAGACCUUCAGAAGGUUGCUGAGUACAAGACUGGGCCUGUGCUGGAACACCCAGAUUGUUUCCCAUGUCAGGACUGCAGCCACAAAGCCAAUUUAUCAGGUGGUGUUUGGAAAGAUAACAUCAACAUGGCUCUGCUUGUUGACACGUACUAUGAUGAUCAACUCAUUAGCUGUGGCAGUGUCCACAGAGGGACCUGCCAGCGACACGUCCUGCCACCCAACAAUACUGCAGACAUAGAGUCAGAGGUUCACUGCAUGUAUUCUCCUCAGGAAGACGAAGAGACCAACCAGUGUCCUGACUGUGUGGUGAGUGCCCUGGGAACCAAAGUCCUACUGUCUGAGAAGGAGCGGUUCAUCAACUUCUUCGUGGGCAAUACCAUAAAUUCUUCUUACCUUCCAGAUCAUUCAUUGCACUCGAUAUCGGUGAGAAGGCUAAAGGAAACGCAAGAUGGUUUUAAGUUUUUGACAGACCAAUCCUAUAUUGAUGUUCUACCUGAGCUCCAAGAUUCCUACCCCAUUAAGUAUGUCCACGCCUUUGAAAGCAACCAUUUUAUUUACUUUUUGACAGUCCAACGGGAAACUCUAGAUGCUCAGACUUUUCACACAAGAAUAAUCAGGUUCUGUUCCACAGACUCUGGAUUGCAUUCAUACAUGGAGAUGCCUCUGGAGUGCAUUCUGACAGAAAAGAGAAGAAAGAGAUCCACGAAGCAGGAAGUGUUUAAUAUUCUCCAAGCUGCAUAUGUCAGUAAGCCUGGGGCUCAGCUUGCUAGGCAAAUAGGUGCCAACCUGAAUGAUGACAUUUUGUACGGGGUGUUUGCACAAAGCAAGCCAGAUUCCUCAGAACCAAUGAAUCGCUCUGCUGUCUGUGCAUUCCCUGUCAAAUAUGUCAAUGAGUUCUUCAACAAGAUCGUCAACAAAAACAAUGUGAGAUGUCUCCAGCACUUUUAUGGCCCCAACCAUGAACACUGCUUCAAUAGGACACUUUUGAGAAAUUCAUCAGGAUGUGAAGUGCGCAAUGAUGAAUAUCGAACGGAGUUUACCACAGCUUUGCCACGCAUUGACUUAUUCAUGGGCCAGUUCAACCAAGUCCUCUUAACAUCUAUAUCCACCUUUAUCAAAGGAGAUCUCACCAUCGCUAAUCUCGGGACGUCAGAAGGUCGAUUCAUGCAGGUUGUGGUUUCUCGAUCAGGAUCAUUAACUCCUCACGUGAAUUUUCCGCUGGAUUCCCACCCUGUGUCUCCAGAAGUGAUUGUGGAGCACCCGCUAAACCAGAAUGGCUAUACACUGGUUGUCACUGGGAAGAAGAUCACCAAGAUCCCGCUGAAUGGCCUGGGCUGUGAACAUUUCCAGUCCUGCAGUCAGUGCCUCUCCGCCCCUUCCUUUGUGCAGUGUGGCUGGUGCCAUGAUAAAUGUGUGCGAUUGGAGGAAUGCCCCAGUGGAAGGUGGACUCAAGAGACCUGUCUGCCAACAAUCUACAAGGUUUUUCCAACUAGUGCCCCCCUUGAAGGAGGGACAACACUGACUGUUUGUGGCUGGGACUUUGGAUUCAAGAGGAAUAAUAAAUUUGACUUGAAGAAAACCAGAGUUCUCCUUGGAAAUGAGAGCUGCACCUUAACCUUAAGUGAGAGCACAACAAACAUGUUGAAAUGCACAGUUGGUCCUGCAACGAAUGAACAUUUCAAUAUGUCCAUAGUUAUUUCAAACAGUCGUGGGUCAGUACAGUAUAGUAUGUUUUCCUAUGUGGAUCCUGUAAUAACAAGUAUUUCUCCAAAUUAUGGUCCAAAAACAGGUGGCACUUUACUUACAUUAACUGGAAAGCACCUAAACAGUGGAAAUUCAAGACACAUUUCAAUUGGUGGAAAAACAUGUACUUUAAAAAGUGUUUCAUAUAGUAUUCUCGAAUGUUAUACCCCAGCCCAAAGUGCUCCAACUGAGUUUUCUGUUAAAUUGAAAAUUGACUUAGCCAACCGAGAGGUGAACAGCUUCAUUUACCGGGAAGACCCCAUUGUCUAUGAAAUACAUCCCACCAAAUCUUUUAUUAGUGGUGGGAGUACAAUAACAGGUGUUGGAAAAAACCUGAAUUCAGUUAGUAUCAUAAGGAUGGUAAUAAAUGUGCAUGAAGCCGGAAAGAACUUUACAGUGGCAUGUCAACAUCGCUCUAAUUCAGAGAUAAUCUGCUGUACAACUCCUUCACUACAACAGCUGAACCUACAACUCCCCCUGAAAACCAAAGCCUUUUUCAUGUUAGAUGGGAUCCAUUCCAAAUACUUUGAUCUCAUUUAUGUACAUAAUCCUGUGUUUAAGCCUUUUGAAAAGCCAGUGAUGAUCUCAAUAGGCAAUGAAAAUGUACUGGAAAUUAAGGGAAAUGAUAUUGACCCUGAAGCAGUUAAAGGGGAGGUGUUAAAAGUUGGAAAUAAGAGCUGUGAAAAUAUACAGUCACAUUCUGAAGCUGUAUUAUGUACGGUCCCCAAUGACCUGCUUAAAUUGAACAGCGAACUAAAUAUAGAGUGGAAGCAAGCAAUUUCUUCAACUGUUCUUGGAAAAGUGAUAGUUCAACCAGAUCAGAAUUUCACAGGACUGAUUGUUGGUGUUGUCUCAGUAUCAAUAAUACUCUUACUGUUACUCGGGCUUUUCCUGUGGCUGAAAAAAAGGAAGCAAAUUAAAGAUCUGGGCAGUGAAUUAGUUCGCUAUGAUGCAAGAGUACACACUCCACAUUUGGAUAGGCUUGUCAGUGCCCGAAGUGUAAGCCCAACUACAGAAAUGGUUUCCAAUGAAUCUGUAGACUACCGAGCUACUUUUCCAGAAGACCAGUUUCCUAAUUCAUCUCAGAAUGGGUCAUGCAGACAAGUGCAGUAUCCUCUGACAGAUCUAUCCCCCAUCUUAACUAGUGGGGACUCUGAUAUAUCCAGUCCAUUACUGCAAAAUACCGUCCACAUCGACCUCAGUGCUCUAAAUCCAGAGCUGGUCCAGGCAGUUCAGCACGUAGUAAUUGGGCCGAGCAGUCUGAUUGUACAUUUCAAUGAAGUCAUAGGAAGAGGACAUUUUGGUUGUGUAUAUCAUGGAACUUUGUUGGACAACGAUGAUAAGAAAAUUCACUGUGCUGUGAAAUCCUUGAAUAGAAUCACUGACAUAGGAGAAGUUUCCCAAUUUCUGACUGAGGGAAUCAUCAUGAAAGAUUUUAGUCAUCCCAAUGUUCUCUCGCUUUUGGGAAUCUGCCUUCGAAGUGAGGGGUCUCCACUGGUGGUCCUACCAUACAUGAAACACGGGGAUCUUCGAAAUUUCAUUAGAAAUGAGACUCAUAACCCAACUGUAAAAGAUCUUAUUGGCUUUGGUCUUCAAGUAGCCAAAGGCAUGGAAUAUCUUGCAAGCAAAAAGUUUGUCCACAGAGACUUGGCUGCAAGAAACUGUAUGCUGGAUGAAAAAUUCACCGUCAAGGUUGCUGAUUUUGGUCUUGCCAGAGACGUGUAUGAUAAGGAAUACUAUAGCGUACACAACAAAACAGGUGCAAAACUGCCAGUGAAAUGGAUGGCUUUAGAAAGCCUGCAGACUCAGAAAUUUACCACCAAGUCAGAUGUGUGGUCCUUUGGCGUCCUCCUCUGGGAACUGAUGACAAGAGGAGCACCACCUUAUCCUGACGUCAACACCUUUGACAUAACAGUUUACUUGUUGCAAGGAAGAAGGCUCCUACAACCUGAAUACUGCCCAGACCCCUUGUAUGAAGUGAUGCUGAAAUGCUGGCACCCUAAAGCUGAAUUGCGCCCAUCCUUUUCUGAACUGGUCUCCAGGAUAGCCGCGAUAUUCUCCGCUUUCAUUGGGGAGCACUAUGUCCAUGUGAAUGCUACUUACGUGAACGUCAGAUGUGUCGCCCCGUAUCCUUCUCUGUUGUCAUCACAAGAGAAUGUCAGUGGCGAGGAUGAUGAUGACACAUGAUGGAUGGAGGCACCUGUGCCACCGAGUCCCCUUCUGAGAAGCCUCACUGAACUGCCUGAACAACAGUCCACCCUUUGUCCAACGUUCUUUUCACUGCCUGGCCACUGAAAGGCCACCAGGUACUUUUUGCUUUUGCCAAGAUUGCACUAUUAUAGGACCUUAUAUUGUUAUUAAAAUGACUGGAUUCUACAGAAUUUCUCAUCUGACAAAGCAUCAGAGCAAGCAGCUUGGUCUCGCAGGCCAGUAACCAACAGCAAUCCUGCAGCUGUGAUAAUGCUUCUGUCACAUUCAGGCCAAAACCCAAAUGCUGGGUUGAAAUUUUUUAAAAUCAAGAUCCCACUUGAUUUCAUAUGGGGAACUGAAGCAAUGCAUUUUGAAGACUUCUUAAUGACAGAAAAUUCAAAAGAAAUGGUAAUGUCCCAACCGAGCAUGGCAGCCCUGGGACCAAACCACUCAUUUAGAAUUAAAAUGUUUCAAAGAACUUAUGUGUUGUAUGAAAAACACAUUUUUUUAUUACCGAUGUUGUCAUUUGCCCAUUAGGUAGACAUUCCCUUUUAAAUUUUUGUCUACACAUUCCUUUUAUUGGAGAACUAUCCAUAAUCAAUACAGUCAACAUUUCAAAACAG